AUGUACUCUGGCGCCAGUACACAGAGGCCCAAUUUUGGCAAGGAGAUCUGGAGAGAAGCCAGGAGCCAUUGGAAGAACAGGCUCCUGGGGGCAGGAGGGCUGAGGGACCUGAGUCCCAGUGGGGUGGAAGGCUGCGAGGGGCCCAACGGGGCAUUCCGGAGGGGAGCCCUGAGGAGGCGUCCUCGGCAGCAGGCGCGGCGCUGCGGCGCAGACCCGGGGCUGCGGAGACAGACUCCCGAUCUCAGCGGAGCGGCCACAGGAGCCGGGGCGGCCCUGAGAGGGGUCGGGGCUCACAGGGCCCGGGCGCCAGUCAUCAAGGUUCAGAACAGAGAGAAGGAGAAGCUCUGCGCCACGGAGGCGCCCCCGGAGUGUAAGGACCGCCCCGGGGGGAAGCGUGUGGACCACGGUGUGGACUCCAAGAUGCUCUGUGCUUCCCAAGGCGGGGCCCAGGAGGCUGGCGGUUCCAACAGCGCUGGAUGCACCUGA